AUUAAGGAAUGAAGAAGGUGAGACGAAACCGCGUAAAAGACCUUUCUUCUUUGCACCAUCCUCUCUCCUUCAUCAUUUCACAAAUCCACAAAAGAAUCAAUCUUUUUAACACUCUCUAAUGAUUCAACGAAUCCAAUUACCCAACCAGAAACAGCAACACAUAUAGAGAUAUAUACUAUUAAACAAUAACAUAACAAAGAAACCAUUUUUUCUCUUUUGUUAUUGACUUAAACAAAAACUAUCAACGAAUAAUUAUCCUUUUUUGAGUUUUUCCCAUUUCUUCUUCGUCUCCAUUUCAUCGUCUUCUCGCUGUUCUGCUAUAUUCCGGUACUAGAUCCUCUGUUUUCUCAUGUUUCUUUUAUUACCAAAUGAUUUCUUCAUUUAUUGUUGUGUCUUUGAUUCUUUUUUGGGAUCUAUAAUGAUCGAUGAACAUUUAAAGCUACGACUUUUCAGGAGCUCUUGUCUUUUUUUCUUUAAUCUUUGAUUAUGUUACAAAACAAUUAUGUUUUUUGAAGCUUGAUCUGAUUUUCGUUGGAUGAGGAGAAGAAGAAAGUGAAAAAAGUUGUGAAAUAGAGAGAGUUUGUUUCAUGGGCAAUUCAUGUCGUGGUUCUUUUAAGGACAAAAUCUACGAGGGCAAUCAUAGUAGGCCCGAGGAGAAUUCCAAAUCCACCACCACUACUGUUUCCUCUGUUCAUUCUCCUACUACAGACCAAGAUUUCUCCAAACAGAACACCAAUCCAGCUCUUGUGAUUCCUGUUAAAGAACCCAUUAUGCGGCGUAACGUUGACAAUCAAUCUUACUAUGUUCUUGGUCACAAGACUCCUAACAUUCGUGAUCUUUACACGUUGAGUCGUAAGUUAGGACAAGGACAAUUCGGGACAACGUAUUUGUGUACUGAUAUUGCCACAGGUGUUGACUAUGCUUGUAAGUCUAUAUCCAAGAGGAAAUUGAUAUCUAAAGAAGAUGUUGAGGAUGUUAGGAGGGAGAUUCAGAUUAUGCAUCAUUUAGCUGGUCACAAGAAUAUUGUUACUAUUAAAGGAGCUUAUGAGGAUCCUUUGUAUGUUCACAUUGUGAUGGAGCUUUGUGCUGGUGGUGAGUUGUUUGAUAGGAUUAUUCAUAGAGGUCAUUACAGCGAGAGGAAAGCUGCUGAGUUGACCAAGAUCAUUGUCGGUGUUGUUGAGGCGUGUCAUUCUCUUGGUGUUAUGCAUAGAGAUUUAAAGCCUGAGAAUUUCUUGUUGGUUAAUAAGGAUGAUGAUUUCUCUCUUAAGGCCAUUGAUUUUGGUCUCUCUGUUUUCUUCAAACCAGGCCAAAUAUUCAAGGAUGUUGUUGGAAGUCCAUACUAUGUUGCUCCUGAGGUUCUUCUAAAACAUUAUGGUCCAGAAGCUGAUGUGUGGACUGCUGGUGUUAUACUCUAUAUCUUACUAAGUGGUGUCCCGCCUUUCUGGGCAGAAACACAGCAAGGAAUAUUUGAUGCUGUGUUGAAGGGAUAUAUUGACUUUGAUACAGACCCGUGGCCUGUCAUAUCCGACAGUGCUAAAGAUCUGAUCCGGAAGAUGUUAUGCUCUAGUCCUUCUGAACGUUUGACUGCUCAUGAAGUCUUGCGUCAUCCAUGGAUCUGUGAGAAUGGAGUUGCACCGGAUAGAGCACUUGACCCGGCUGUUUUGUCUCGUCUAAAACAGUUUUCUGCAAUGAAUAAAUUAAAGAAGAUGGCUUUAAAGGUGAUAGCUGAGAGCCUCUCAGAAGAAGAGAUUGCGGGUUUAAGAGCAAUGUUUGAGGCAAUGGAUACUGAUAACAGCGGUGCAAUCACUUUUGAUGAACUCAAAGCUGGCUUGAGAAGAUAUGGAUCAACCUUGAAAGACACCGAGAUCCGAGAUCUUAUGGAAGCGGCUGAUGUGGACAACAGCGGUACAAUAGAUUACAGCGAGUUUAUUGCAGCGACGAUCCAUCUGAAUAAACUAGAGAGAGAAGAGCAUCUUGUCUCUGCAUUUCAGUACUUUGACAAAGAUGGAAGUGGUUACAUCACCAUUGAUGAGCUGCAACAAUCUUGCAUUGAACAUGGGAUGACCGAUGUUUUUCUUGAAGACAUAAUCAAAGAAGUAGAUCAAGACAACGAUGGACGGAUUGAUUACGAAGAAUUUGUUGCGAUGAUGCAAAAGGGAAAUGCUGGUGUAGGGAGAAGAACAAUGAAAAAUAGUCUAAACAUCAGCAUGAGAGAUGUGUAGGCACAUACACACAUCUUUAAAUCGUCUAUUCGGUGAGGAUGCAAAUGUUUCCAUGGAAUCAACAUUUGCAAUGUUUAAUCACAGAGGAGGAAGAGAAACCAGAUUCAUAGCUGCAGCGAACCAGCUAAAUCGUUGAAGGUUUGAGUUAAAAAUGUUAAAAACUACUGUAUGAUUAAAAAAUGGUGAAAGAUAAAAAAAAAGUGUUAAGUUCUGUUCAUCAGUAGCUGUGAGGACUAUUUCUAUUUUCUCUCUCUCUGUUUUGUUUGUUUGUAACAACUGUUUAAGUUUGGUUUUUAUUUCAUCUCCAUCGUCGAAAGCUUUGACCCUUUUUGGGUUUUUGAAAGAUCAAAUCAUCUUCCAAUAUAGUACAAAUGUGAUAUACAAGUUGUGUGACAAUCUUCCACCUUUUAGUUGUUGUUGCUG